AUGGCAGCAACACGUUCACAGGUCGUGAGGCUCAUUGAGAAGAUUCCCAUUGAUCACCUGAGACCGCAUGCGAACUUCCAGCAGAAUCUCAUGCAACGGCUCGACAAGUUCAGUGCACGCGAUGUCUCUGCACUGGAAGCUAUCGCCUCCGACAAGUUCAAAAUCGAUAAUCCUCUUUCGAGCAAGCUCAUGCGACCUGCAUUCAACCCAAACUAUUAUGAGAAAUUGAUGGCGAGUUUGAGGGGUUCACAGACAUCCUCGAGCCCAUUCCACUUCAUCACAAAGUACUUCAGGUGGAAGUGA